AAGAAUAUACUUUUUAUUUCAGUAUUAUAAUGCCUUGACCGAAAAUAAAAUAUAAUAUACAUAUUUUUGAUUUCUGCUUGAUAUUCAGAUCCGUUUCCACCAUCAAAGAUAGUGAUGAUAAAACAUAACCACAAUUCAAUUGAUGUCAACAUCUUUAAAGGCUCUGGCCAUGCCGACUAUUACAACGUUUACUUAAAUGACAGGAAGGUCAAACAACUUGUAGUAUCGACAUCCACAAUUACUACAGUACUUUGUCAUAUAGAUGGUCUAAGUCCACAUACAUUGUAUAGUAUUUAUGUUAUAGCUGUAUCAAACGGGUAUAAUAGCACACGUUCACAGGAACUGCACAUUCAAACUAAUGUAGCGGCAUCAAAUUCUCAAUUGUCGGCAGGUGUGAUUGCUGGUAUAUCAGUUGGUUGUAUUGUAGGAACAUGUUUACUAUUAGUAAUAUCGUGGUUUGUUAUCAGACCUAAACUUCUACAAAGACGAUCAGAUCAACAGAUCUUACUUGGCAGCAACAAUUUAUUUAAUAUGAAAGACGAUCGAUUAUGAUGGAACAGAACACUGUUCGAUGCCAAGUUUCUACAAUAGAUCUGCAAUUGAAAAAAGCUUUGUUGAAAUGAUGAGAUUAAC